CUGUUCUUUAAGGCCUAUAAAGCAGGCACGGAGGUAAUGGUCGAGGAAUCCAAGGGAAACAGAAGCAAACAAACAAGCAAAACCCCACAAGCCGCCGAAUCAUGUCGAUGAGCCCAAAGCAUACGACUCCUUUCUCAGUGUCUGACAUCUUGAGUCCUUUGGAGGAAAGCUACAAGAAAGUGGGCAUGGAGGGCAGUAACUUGGGGGCUCCCUUGUCAGCCUACAGACAGUCUCAGGUUUCGCAGCCGGCCAUGCAGCAACACCCCAUGGGCCACAACGGAACGGUGACUGCCGCCUACCAUAUGACAGCGGCAGGGGUCCCCCAGCUCUCCCACGCUACGAUGGGGGGCUACUGCAAUGGGAACCUGGGCAACAUGAGCGAGCUCCCGCCUUACCAGGACACCAUGCGAAACAGUGCUUCAGCGACAGGAUGGUACGGCACCAACCCGGACCCCCGCUUCUCCUCAAUCUCCCGCUUCAUGGCGCCGUCCUCGGGCAUGAACAUGGGAGGCAUGGGCGGCCUGAGCUCCCUGGGGGACGUGAGCAAGAGCAUGGCCCCGCUGCAGAGCACGCCGCGAAGGAAACGGAGGGUCCUGUUUUCCCAGGCCCAGGUUUACGAGCUGGAGAGACGUUUCAAGCAGCAGAAAUACCUCUCCGCCCCCGAGAGGGAACAUUUAGCCAGCAUGAUCCACCUCACCCCGACUCAGGUCAAAAUUUGGUUCCAGAACCACCGCUACAAGAUGAAGCGGCAGGCCAAAGACAAGGCUGCGCAGCAACAGAUGCAACAGGAGAACGGCUCCUGCCAGCAGCAGCAGUCCCCCAGGAGGGUGGCUGUGCCGGUGCUAGUGAAGGAUGGCAAGCCCUGCCAGGCGGGCUCCAACACCCCCACCGCAGCCAUCCAGAGCCACCCGCAGCAGGCGGCCACGACCAUCACGGUGGCCACCAAUGGCAACAGCCUCGGACAGCAUCAGAGCCAUCAGACAAACAGUGCGGGGCAGUCUCCCGACAUGGGACAGCACUCGGCCAGCCCUUCCUCCCUGCAGAGCCAAGUCUCCAGUUUGUCUCACCUGAACUCUUCCACUUCUGACUAUGGCACUGCCAUGUCCUGCUCCACCUUACUAUACGGUAGGACCUGGUGAAAGGAUUAAAGAAAGCGAAACAAAACAAAACAAAAUUUAAAAAAAAAAAAAAAAAAAAGAGAGAGAAAAAAAAAAAACACCAAUAGAUUUUCCCAGUCACACAAAUCUGUGUCCUGUCCAAAGUACUGGGUGCUUUCCUUUGCUCUUUUAUUAUUUUUUCUUCCUUCCUUCCUUCCUUCCUUUCUUUCUUUUUUCCCCUUGAAGAUUUUUAAUUUUAAUUUUGAUUUUUUUUUUUAAUUUUUAUUUUUCGUUUUACUGAUUGGUUCUCUGAGGACCCCUAAGAGAGAGAGGAAGAGAGUGACUUCUUGUUCCGUUCACUGAUACUGUGACAGUUUUGGGUCUUUCUUUUUUCCCUUUUCCCCCCAACUUGCUGUGUGGGGUGUUAAACCAAUUCUGACCAAUAACUACGGAGCAGUCUGCAGACAGGGGCCCGUCGGUAGGCAUGGCCCGAAGGCUCGGAUUGCAGAUGGACCCUUUGCCAGCGUCUAGGACUUGCAUGUAAAUAUAGAGAUUGGGGAGGAUGGGGUUGGGGUUUUUCCCAAAAACGCGGUCGCGGAACGCAGCCACAGAGCAACCUCCCCCACCCCCGGCUCCGCUCCCAGCCCCGUCCCAGCGAUGGGGCCGGGAGGCCACACGAGGCUUUGGCUUUUCUUUUACGUUUGAUGUGAACCUGUAGCUGUAUAAUGCUGUCAAAAGUUGGACUAAACCCAUAGUUUUUAGCAUCCUGUAUAUUUUGUUGUAAAAAGAAAGAAAAAAAAAAUACAAUCAACCAAACCCACCCCACCCCUCUUUUUUAUGGACACUGAUUGUCCCCUCGUAAACUCUCCGACAGUUUGUUCUUUGCGCACGCCGCCUUUUCCUGUUGUAACUUAUGUAGAUAUUUGGCUUAAAUAUAGUUCCUAAGAAGCUUCUAAUAAAUU